UUCAGCCUCUCCAGGGAUGGCUCUUAGCUCUCGGGCACAUGCCUUCUCGGUGGAAGCCUUGGUGGGGAGACCCAGCAAAAGAAAACUACUAGACCCUAGAGAAGAGACGCAACCUGAGCUGCUUAAGAAAGAGGGUGGAAAGGAGGAGGAGAGAAGGAGCAGCGCCGCUGCAGGGACGAAGAGUGAGCCUCCUGGUAAGUACCCCUACCGCAGCCCAAAUCCCUGCGCCAGCUACCCUUGUUUGCUGGCAACUACUUUCGGCUUUAACAGCUUUGGAAGUCUGGAAGAGAAAGAUAUUAUUCAAGUGGAACUUCAAGGAUCUGAGCUGUGGAAGAGAUUCCAUGACAUUGGGACUGAGAUGAUCAUUACGAAGGCUGGCAGGCGGAUGUUCCCCUCUGUUCGGGUCAAAGUGAAAGGACUGGACCCAGGGAAACAGUACUAUGUGGCCAUUGAUGUGGUGCCAGUAGAUUCCAAACGCUAUAGGUACAUCUAUCACAGCUCUCAGUGGAUGAUAGCUGGGAAUACAGACCACUCAUGCAUCACUCCCAGGGUCUAUAUUCACCCAGACUCACCUUGUUCGGGAGAGACAUGGAUGCGCCAGAUCAUCAGCUUUGAUCGUGUGAAACUCACCAACAAUGAGAUGGACGACAAAGGUCAUAUCAUUCUGCAGUCCAUGCACAAGUACAAGCCCCGUGUGCACGUGAUGAAGCAAGACAGCAGGGUUGACAUGUCCCGGAUUCAGUCUCUGCCUGCUGAAGGGGUUAAAACAUUCUCCUUUAAAGAAACUGAAUUCACCACGGUGACAGCUUACCAAAACCAGCAGAUAACCAAACUGAAAAUAGACAGGAAUCCUUUUGCUAAAGGAUUUAGAGAUCCUGGAAGAAACAGGGGUGUACUGGAUGGACUUUUAGAGACCUAUCCAUGGAGGCCUUCUCUCACUUUGGAUUUUAAAACUUUUAGUGCAGACACACAAACCCAGGCAGCUGUGACCUACACAUUUAGUGCGGGCGGCUGUGACUGUGGCCGAGAGGAGUAA